AUGAAUCCCUCUUCUGAAGUUUCAAAACAGGCCUUUUUUAACUGCCGGGUGACUGAAUUUGCCUUAGGUGUUUUCGCACCUUACGGUCUAUUGACCCGAGGAGUUCCUGUGACACACGGAAGGGUCCACGGGGAUAUUUGGACCUACGGUAUUAUUGCAACUGGAUUUGACGAAACUCCGGACCGGAGGCACACGAUAACA